AUGAAUCUUGCUUCUGCAAACAGAAUUUUGGUGGCUGUUACUGAUGCCGGCCAGGGCAUCCCCGAAGCUCAACUUGAGAACAUCUUCCGUGCGUUUGAACAAGUCGGCUCUGGCGAAUCACAUGAUGAAGUGAUGUGUGAGUCGAUCGGUCUCGGGCUUGCCAUUGUUGGACGAGUUGUGCACAACAUGGGUGGCCACGGCUCUGGCUCGAUGGGUACAUCAAGCAGCGGGAUCGAUGAGAUCGUGGACGCGAUAACUGGCGAAAGUAGCGGUCGAAAUUCCUUUGAAGCUCCAUAUUUGCCCCGCUUGACCAGCUCCUUCCAAAACCGAAACCGAAGCGGGCCGCGCAAGUCGCUCCCUCGCCCACUCCGCUUCUGCUUAAUCGCGUCCACGCCUCAACCUUCCCCCCCAUUCUUGUGUGUACCAGGGACGGGCAAUUUAUACCGCAUCCCCCAAAUCCCGUCGGCGCAUCCCCCCGCAAUCCCCUCGACCCUACCUGACAUCUCACUCCACCAGCAACCCAGAACCCCAAACCCCCAGGAAUCCUCCAUUGCUCGCCGUAACCACGCCCACACCAAGCGACAUACCCCCCACCGCAGCGCCUGCUUCCCAACGGACCCGUGGCUUGGCGGGGCAAGGGUCCGUCCCUCAAUUCCAGCAAAUGGACACCCGGAACAAAUCCAAAAAGGGACCACGCCUCAGCCUUCCAACACAACGCACUCCUGGAUCACCCAGCCCGUACAGCAACUAUCAUAUAACAAGCCGAUGGAGACAAAGGACCAACGACUCGACUGCACGCAAUCACUCGCCCUUACCCAAACACCCGAAUUUUCCCAAUGGGCCAAAGCUCUCAAAUCCGCUGGGUCCGACUACGAAAUCCAGGUCACCCGCUCCUCGGCCGAUCUCUCCGGCGCUGCAAGCCAGACCGUGCCCAAGUUUUCGAUUGCCCUUUGUCCAAGCCGACUCGCCUGCCCCAGACUCAGCAAGGGGGAGUAUUAUGAGCUCAAAGGACAAGUCGCUGUUGCCAGAAGUGGGACGCAAAACUUUUUAUACGCUCCCAAAGGUCAUUGUUGGAAGCGCUACACGCGCGCAUCAGCUAGUCCCACACCAGUCAAGGCCCAUCAAUCCGGGCAAUUCCUCGCGAAAUAUAGGAUCGACGCGAACCUUGUUUCGCUUGGGGCUGAUGUUGAGUUCCGCGCUGGGAUCAAGAUACAAAUGCAAGGGGUCCUCUACUCCUUUUCUGCAGCAAAGGCGAUGGCCACUAUUGAUGUCCACUCCGGAUUUAUUGGCCGUUCACCGGCCUUUAUGAACGGACACAAGAAAAGGAUUAUCAACCUCGACAAUUAG